AUGCCGGACGCAGAUCAGGAUUCCGCUGCCGUCCGCUGCAAGUCAGAAGAGUCGCCAAACAGUACCGCUGCUGCCAAGGAUGCUGACGCUGCAGCCAACGGCGGCAUUACCUCGUCUCGCCAUGGCACCGCCUCGCUGCCAAACAUCCAGGUUGGCCCGGAAUCACCGCGUACAGACGCUCCGCGACGAAGUCUCUCAUAUGCCUUGCGACAAGAUGCCGAUGUUUACUACGACUCACGGGCUGGAACGCGCAAGGAGUGGAAGCGACGAGAUCGCACUCUGCAGGAUUACUACAGCAACAACCCCCAGCUGCUGCCCCAGCUGCCGUUUACCUGGCAUCACGGAUGGAAGCGCUGGAGACUCUUUCUUUUCGCCAUCAUGGUCUUCAUCGACGGCUCGAUAGUGCCCAUUGUGCUGUACUAUGCAAUGAGAUACGCGGGCCAUGUCCAGGGCUGGAUCAUCUUUGCCGUCGUCACGACCAUCUGGGGCGGGCCAACAUAUGUCGAAUUUGCCAUCAGAACGCUGCGGCUCAUGAAGAAGGAGAGGUUUUAUCGUCCGCUGGGCACCAACAGUCGCUGGUGCUUUGACAUUCUGAACUGGACGUCGGUCAUCACCAUCACGGCCGUUACGGCUCUCUUCAUCGUGGGCAGUGCACCACACGAGGUCUGGCUCCGGGUUCUUUGCAUGCCAGCACCGGCCAUCUUGUACUGCAUUGGCGGCGUUCUCCUUCUGAUUACGCUGUUCCACGCUAUGAACUGGCCUGCUCCCUUCCGUCUGAGCUCUACGGGAAAAGGCGAAAAGGUUUUGCCAGGAGUGUAUUAUUUCAUCGAAGACGUUGUCGCCGUUAAUGCUGGUGCUGGUCGGCCAUACCGAGAAGCUCUGGCUGCACGCUAUAAUGCUAGCCCCCGCUUCCGGCGCAUGUUAUUCGUCCAGUCUCUGUUUUGGUCCAUCCCUGCACUCAUCUUAGCUGCCGGCCUCACCGUCGUGGCUCUCAUCCAUCCUAUUCCGGCAACGGUCUCAUACGGCAUAUGCUGGGCCGUGCCAUUUAUAUGGUGCGCUGUGUGGUGCGGGAUAACCAUCAAAUGGUGCAAGCGGGACAUGGUCCGGGAGAGAGAAGAGUGGCAGAAAAAAUACCCUAUUGAGAAACUCGAGACAGCAAGCAGUGAGCCUUUGGCGGCGGUGUAA